AUGGCUGAGACAUAUGAAGUCUUCGGACAGAUGAAGAUGGGCCCGUGCCAAGCCCCUCCCCAGGAGUUGGAGGGCAAGACAGCGAGAAUCAAAUGUGCUGAUGCAGAAGUCUUGGAAGUACCGGCAGAGGCCCUCGCCUUGUCCUUCAGAGCGAAGAAGGAUCUCCUUGAGAAAGGCUGUGAUCAAGACUUCGAGGUCCCGCUUGGGAAGGGCGUGGUGGUGAAGCUUAUGGAGUAUUUGAAGCAUCACACCACCAACGAGUACAGUGAGAUCCGGACACCACUUGCCAGUGAUCACCUAGUAGACUGCGGCGCUUCGCGCUGGGAUGCGAGCUUUGCCAACGUGGACAAGGAGAUGCUCUUUGACCUGACCGUUGCGGCCAGCUAUCUUGACAUCCCGGGCCUUUGGUUCCUCCUUAGUGCCAAGGCGGCUUUGAUGACAACCAACAAGAGUGCAGACAAGCUCCGGAAGGAAUUCAUGUUGACGAAUGAUUUUCCUGCAGCGGAAGAGAAUGACCUUAGACGCAAGUCUGCUGCGGACAUGUCCAGGUUGGCCGCAUCCUCUGUCAUCCGGAACGGUGUGAAAGCGGCAGAGUACAAGGCUGGCAUCAAGCAGAUUGAAGAUGGCACAUCGGCACCAUCUGCGGUUGUGAAUACGUCUAGCUGGAGACAAGCCAUGUGGCGAGCCGCCGUGUUAGAUGAUUGGAAGCUCUUGGAACAUGCUCCGGAGCCAGUGAAGAAUGACCGAGACCUGGUGAAGAGUGCGAUCUUAACAAGUCAAGGAGCGGCUUUGAAGCUUGCUUCCUCGGAGAUGCGGGCAGACGAAGCGCUAGUGCUCGAGGCCACGAAGUACUUCAGCACCGCCUUUGCGCAUGCUGAUCCGGAGCUGCGAAACAACAAGGAUUUCCUUUUGAAGGCUUUGGGCGUCCAUGGUGGUGCCAUGACCGGAGCUCCCGAUGCCUUGCGGAGGGACAAGUCCUUCAUGCUAGAGGCUGCUAAGGUUGGUAAGGGUAACGCCCUACAGGGGGCCACCAUGGAUUUGAGAGACGACCGCAACUUGAUCCUCGAGAUGGCCGUGCACGAUGCAGAGGCUUACAAGUAUGCAUCAGAGGACUUGCUGAACGACAAGGACUUUGCAGUCGCCGUGGCCAAGCGCAAUGGCAAGGCACUGAAGUUUAUGAUCCCUGCUUUCCGAGCAGACCCAGACGUGGUGCGGGCUGCCAUCACCAGAGAUCCGCAGGCCGCGCAGUAUGCUCAUGCGUCCAGGCGAGCAGAGCUGGGUAUGAUCCAGGAUAGCAUGCAUGGGGAAGUCCAGCUGCAAGCGGAGCUGGAAAGCCAGAAGAAAGCAGCGCAGGAGGAGGCAGCAUCGACCUUGGCGCUUGCCACGACGGCUGGCCCCCGUCAGGUUCCCAUGCAAGCUCUUCCAUCCAGACCCACAUACACAUGCAUGAAGCUCCAGAAGACAGUGCAGUUCACGGCAAUGAGUACAAUGACAGCGAACAUGGGCCAGUCCAAUUACAUUGCAGCGAACAGUUACUUGGACAAGAUUCCAGGGAUGCAAAGGCCGGAAGUCGACGCGGUUGGCCUCAUGUGGGGUGCAGUCGGAGGCAUCGGAAUGCGCUGGAAGGCUUUUGCCUCGGAGGACAUGCUGAAUGCUACUCCAGAGCUGUUGCUCACCAUUCCCGACUCGUGCAAGGUGCUGUGCGCAGCAUGUUGUACCAUCAACCCGCCAGAGUGGUUCUCGGCGUCCCACUUCGACAAGUUCAGCCGAGAGAUGUACCUGUCCCCCAGUGCAGGCCAGAUCAAGCUCGAAGAACUGACAACUGAAGUAGCUGCCCAGGCACACUGGGAGAAGCAUCUUGAAGAUGACCGCAAAGCUCUACAGGACAUGGCUAGUGUCGACCGCCGCCCUGUUCCAGACAACUUUGCCUUGAUCAAGGCUCCCGCCCAGCCCGCUCUGGCAAAUGCGCCACUGGGGGGAUGGCCCAGCCUUGUGUCCAGUCCGCCAUCCAGCGGCGGCAGCGUGCCCCUGCAGAAAGGCACCAGGGUGCGCCUUACAGGCCUUCGUGCGAAGAAUGGUGUAUGUGGGACUUUGGUGCAGCAGUACGGCGAUGGCAAGUGGAAAGUGAAGCUAGAUGACGGCUCGGGCAAUGCCUUGCUACGCCCAGGCUUCUUCGAGCCAUUCCUCGCAUGA